AUGGAGAACAAGUGUAUAUUGUAUUUUCUGUUUCUGUCAUCUAUUUUUAUGACUCUACUCAGAGCAGAAACAGAAGAUGAGAAAAUAUACAAAGAGUUCUCUGCAGAUAUUGGAGUUACUAAAAAUAAAAUCAUGACAGCUCAAUUUGAGUGUUACCAAAAAAUAAUGCAAGACCCUAUUCAACAAAAAGAAGGCCUUUACUGCAACAGAACUUGGGAUGGAUGGUUGUGUUGGAAUGAUGUGGCAGCAGGAACGGAGUCAAUGCAGCGCUGUCCCGAUUACUUUCAGGACUUUGACCCAUCAGAAAAAGUUAUAAAGAUUUGUGACCUAGAUGGAAACUGGUUUAGACAUCCAGCAAGUAACAGAACAUGGACAGAUUACACACGGUGUACUCAAAACACUCCUCAGAUAGUGAAGACUGCAAUGAAUUUGUUUUACCUGACUAUAAUUGGACAUGGAUUAUCUAUCGCAUCACUACUUAUCUCACUUGGUAUAUUCUUUUAUUUCAAGAGCCUAAGUUGUCAAAGGAUUACCUUGCACAAAAAUCUGUUCUUCUCUUUCAUUUGUACCUCUAUUAUGACAAUUAUUCACCUCACUGCAGUUGCCAACAACCAGGCCCUCGUGGCUUCAAAUCCUGUGAGCUGUAAAGUGUCCCAGUUUAUUCAUCUGUACCUGCUGGGCUGUAAUUACUUUUGGAUGCUGUGUGAAGGCAUUCACCUACACACUCUCAUUGUGGUGGCUGUGUUUGCUGAGAAGCAGCACCUCAUGUGGUAUUAUUUUCUUGGCUGGGGAUUUCCAAUGAUUCCUGCUUGCAUACACGCUGUUGCCAGAAGCAUAUAUUAUAAUGACAACUGCUGGAUCAGUUCUGAUACUCAUCUCCUUUACAUCAUUCAUGGCCCAAUUUGUGCUGCUCUACUGGUUAACCUCUUUUUCCUAUUAAAUAUUGUACGUGUUCUCAUCACAAAAUUAAAAGUUACUCACCAAGCAGAAUCUCAUCUCUACAUGAAAGCUGUGAGGGCAACCCUUAUCCUGGUGCCAUUGCUUGGAAUUGAAUUUGUACUGUUACCAUGGCGACCUGAGGGCAGGACUGCUGAAGAAAUAUAUGACUACAUCAUGCACAUCCUCAUGCACUACCAGGGUCUUUUGGUCUCUACAAUCUUCUGUUUUUUUAAUGGAGAGGUUCAAGCAAUUUUGAGAAGAAACUGGAAUCAAUACAAAAUCCAAUUUGGAAACAGUUUUUCCCACACAGAAGCUCUCCGUAGUGCAUCUUACACUGUGUCAACCAUCAGUGAUGGUCAAGGUUACAAUCAUGAUUAUCCUAGUGAACACUCAAAUGGAAAAAGCAUCAAUGAUAUUGAAAAUGUUAUUUUUAAACCAGAGAAGUUUUAUGCUUAAUAAUAGA